CAUAACAUACAUUCACCCGUGUGUUGACAGUGGAGCACGACAACCUUUCUCUUUUCACUGCAGUGAUGUCUUCGGGAAUCUCUAAAAUCACAACCGAGCGAAACCAGCGUACUUUGCUAGAGUUAGUAAUGCAGCCAGGGAACGACAUUUGUGCGGAUUGUAAGUCGCGGAACCCGCGAUGGGCUUCUCACAAUUUAGGCAUUUUCAUAUGCGUCAACUGUGCGAGCAUCCAUCGCAAGCUUGGUACCCAUAUUACGAAAGUAAAGAGCAUCACCCUGGACGCAUGGACCAAAGAACAAGUCGAAAUCAUGAAGCAAAACGGAAAUAUCAAAUCAAACGCCUUUUACAACCCUGACGAAGCUCGCCACCCCUCACCCACCAACAUGAUGGAGGCAGAACGAGAUAGCGAAAUCGAGAAGUUCAUCCGAGCCAAGUACGAGUUUAAGUGGUUCAUGAACUGUAAACCUUCUCAAUCCGUUUCCCCUGCUCGUCUAUUUUCCAAUGCUGUGAUUCCACGACCGAAGUCGACUCCUACGACGGACCCUGCACCAUUUAAACGCAAGUCCUCUCCUAUUCCUCCCCCUGUUCCUGCCAAAAACGUCACCCGUGGGGGUACUGGAACGUUUAAUUUCCUUCCUGGCGUAUUAUCUCCAGGAUCUGCACCAGUGCAACCCGCGAGAUCCAUCUCCCACCCGUUGCCUACACCCAGUUCCUCUGCUCCGAUCCAGAAGCCUUCUGGGAGUCAGGUUUGGGAUGAUUUAAUUUCAUUACAAGGCCCUUCGCAAUUCUCUUCUCUUCCACUGCAAUACCAGUCGCAGAACCCAUCGCUUCCUUCCCAGCCCCACUCUAUGCCCCUUGCCCAGACAACUCUCGGU